AUGUCGGGGCUCUCGCAGGACGACUUCCGGCGCAUCAUGGACACGCCGCUGCCGGUGCAUGGGAACGCGCCCCGCGUCCUCUCGGGGCUGCCACGGCAGGUCAAGCGCAGCCUGACGGACGACGAGCGCAAAGCCAAGUACAAGAAGCUCAAGGCCGAGCCGGCGGCCGACAAGCCCAAGCAGCCCAAGCUCGACCCGACGUACCAGGGCAAGUACCGCGACCGCGCCGCCGAGCGUCGAUCUGGCGGUGAUGCAGAGACCUUUGACGUGACGCCGGCGCCGGCCAACCUCGUGGACCCCGAAAUCGCCAAGCUCGUGGCCAAGCCGGCGCUUCCAGCCAACUUGGACCUCUCGCUUCUCUCAAAGCUCAAGCAGGAGAAGGCCAAGCUCCAGCAGCAGGUGCAGGCGCUGACCAAACCGACGACAUCAGCAUUGCCUCCGCCCGUCCCGACCAAGGCCGCGUCCCGCAUGGCGCAGUCCAUCAAGUAUCUCCUCCAGCCAUCGUCGACAGCGUCGCGCGCGUCCGAGCUCUUCCUUCCCGGCCGCCUCUCGUAUGCAUUCAAUCUGCUUGCACCAGAUGUGGACGCGCUGCCCCAGCUCGUGCAGCGGAGCAAGGACGACUGCCCGCGCCGGUCCAAGCACGCCCCACUCACCGGCUACCUCCCUUCCGCACUCAUACUCGAGGUUGAAGACUGUCUCUUGGCCGCCGAGGGCAAGCGCCAUCGGCCCAAGCAGGUCGUGCCAACGUCGCCACCGCCGACCGUCCACACCCUAGCCCCAGUCGUCGAGGACGACGACGAAGACAUUUUUGGCGACGUCGGCGAGUACAUUCCGCCGGGCAUGCGUCCCGAAGAUGGAGUUGGAACUCAUGCUGUGGCCAAGGGCGAGAUCUUCAAGGAUCUCAGCGCCACGCUGACGGCCAAGGCUGCAAUGGAAGCCGCCAAGGAAAAAGCGGCGGCGGCAGCGCUCGCCGAGUCGAUUGCACGGGCCAAGAAGGCGCAUCAGCGCGCAGCCGAGCGCGACGAGCUCGUCGAGAAGCACGCGCGAUUGCAGAAGAAGCUCGACGGCGAGGACGACUACGGCGAGUGCUUCCCCGACUACGAAGAAGUCGAAGAAGACGACGACGAGAGCGACAAGAAGAAGAAGAAGGACCAAAAGGGCAAUGAACCCGACGUCGAGACCAAGUGGAAGGCCAAGGUGCAGCAAAAGGAGGCCAAGUUUGAGCGCGAGCUCGCCAAGGUGGAAGAGAUUAUGAAGAAAGGGCCCAAGACCCCCAAGCCGCCGCGAGCUUCGGGCAACGACGAAGAUAACGACUAG